AGGUUCAGCUCUCUUCAUAAGUUCAGCCAAAUACAGGUUUACACUGGUUUAGCAUUAGCUUUCUACUCAUUGUUUAGCUUUAAAUAUCAUAAGCAGUCGAGUUAUUUUUAUGAAAACCUAAUGGUAAUUAUUCAGAACAAAAAGACUCAUAAUGGAUACUAAUAAAAAUAAUGUAAAUAUUGAAGAAGAGGUACAUGUUAUCCAUGAUAAAGUAAAGUUAGAAGAAGAAUUGGGAAAAACAGACAUUUUAGAACAAUUUAUGGAUGAAAAUAGAGUUCAUGACAGAGAAGAAUAUAUAAUUAAAAAAGAAGAAAGUGACUCAAAUUGCUUAAAUAUAGAAAUUGCUACACAUGAUCUAUCAACUGAAUCUUUUACAAAGGAAUUGCCUGAAAGAUUUGAGACACUAAAAAAUAAUACAAAUACAAUAAAUAUCAAGGGACACGAAUGUCGCUUCUGUGAUUAUGCUACGAGUCAUAAGAGUCAUCUUGAAGCACAUGUAAAGUCAGUCCAUUUGAAAAUUAAAGAAGAUAAGUGUCGCUUUUGCGAUUUUGUUACGAGUAGAAAAGAGAGCUUGCGAAAGCAUGUCAAUGCUGUUCAUUUAAAUAUCAAAAACUACAAGUGUCACAUGUGUGAAUAUGCUUCAAGUGAAAAAAAGGCUCUUGAAAUACAUAUAAAAUCCGUUCAUUUGAAUAUCAAAGAACACAAAUGCAACUUAUGUGAAUAUGCUGCGAGUAAAAAUAAGGACCUGGAAGUACACAUAAAAUCUGUCCAUUUGAAUAUCAAGGAACACAAGUGUCAGCUAUGUGGGUAUUUCACACAUGUUAGACGAAAUCUUGAAAAGCACAUCAACACGAUUCAUUUAAAUAUCAAGAAACACAAGUGUCACUUAUGUGAAUAUGCUGCGAGCGAAAAACAACACCUGGAAAACCACGUUAAAACUGUUCAUUUCAAAAUAAAGGAACACAAGUGUCAUCUUUGCAGUUAUGAUACCAACAGUAAAAGUCUUCUUCGAAGCCAUAUUAACGUUGUUCAUUUGAAUAUCAAGGAACACAAGUGUCACUUAUGUGAAUAUACCGGGAGUAAAAAAAGUUACGUUGAAAUGCAUGUGAAAGCUGUUCAUUUAAAGAUAAAGAAACACAAGUGUGACUUCUGUGAUUAUGGUGCGAAUAGAAAAGACUCGUUAAGAAAGCAUGUUGACUCUCUUCAUUCAAAUAUGGAAGGACAUGAUUAACAAUUUUUUUGAUUAUGCUACCUGUGAUCUUCAAUGGGAUAUGAAAUCUGUUUAUUUUGGAAAUAAAGCAUGUUCC